UUCGAUCACGUGACCGUGCCUCAGACACGGAAGUGGAAUUCCUCCGACUUUUUAUCAAAACAAAUCACAGUGUCUUGUGAAAAGGUGGAAUAUCAGGUUUUAGUCCUUUUAUCUGAAACACCGCGGUCUAAGGAUGGAAGAUACUUUGUUCCAAUUCAAGUUUACGUCUAAGCAGCUGGAGCGACUGGCCAAGAAGGCAGAGAAAGACUCAGAAAAAGAACAGGCCAAAGUGAAGAAGGCUCUGCAGCAGAAGAACGUGGACUGUGCCAGAGUUUAUGCUGAAAACGCCAUCAGGAAAAAGAAUGAAGGUCUGAACUGGCUGCGUAUGGCGUCACGAGUGGACGCCGUGGCCUCCAAGGUCCAGACGGCGGUCACCAUGAAGGGGGUGACCAAAAGUAUGGGUCAGGUGACCAAGGCUCUGGACAAGGCUCUGGGCUCCAUGGACCUGCAGAAGGUCUCAGCGGUCAUGGACAAGUUUGAAAGUCAGGUCCAGAACCUGGACGUUCACACCUCAGUGAUGGAGGACUCCAUGGGCGCAGCCAUGACUCUGACCACGCCCCAGGAUCAGGUGGACGACCUCAUCCAUCAGAUCGCCGAGCAGAGCGGACUGGAGCUGAUGGACCAGCUGAACCAGCUGCCUGCCGGAGCCACGUCCGUGGGCGCCGAGAGCUCCCGCAUCCAAGACAAGGAGGACCUGCUGUCCCGACGGUUAGCAGCUCUACGGAACUGAGGUUCUCCACAGCAACCAGGCACCGGAGCAUCAUGGCUGUUUGGACUCGGACGACUGGAGCUGUGUGUGUGUGUGUGUGUGUGGAACUAUUCCUACCAUAAAAACUUAAUUAUCUUUCUCUCUCUCUUUCUCUUUCUUUCUCUCUCUUUCUCUCUUUCCAGUUCAGUCCAGUGACUGAUCUGCAGAAUAUUUAUUUUAUAAACUGAACCAGUGACAGAGUGAAAGAAGGAAAAUAAAAUUCUUUUCAUUACUUCACACCAAUCAAUUAGAUAAAGAACAGAACAGCUGCUGGUUUAGGUUUGGUCACAGGUUAACAAACACUAGUUAACAAACUCUAACCUGCACCAGUGGGUAGAUUAGCUUAGUUAGCUCACCUGAAGCUAAUGCCACUCUUCAUGAAGAGCAGCUCUAAGUCCUGCAGGUCUCAACCCUCCAACACUAGCUCUGUCCUUGUCACUGACGUAUGACCAGCGUGGAGUCGAUGGUCGUCAGGACACAGCAGACAUUUUCGGACGUUUGUUCACCAACACUGACAGAUGUGUCCGGUCGUCGAUGUUUCUCCCAAACACACUGUCCUGAUUGUUUUCUUGAUUUAUUCCUGUUGCUGAUUUGUUUUUGUGCCUGAAUGUGUCUUUGGUUUUGAAUGCCUUCUAUUGUGCUGCAGGUGUUGGUGCUUCAUGUCUGAUCAGUGCCUGAACAAUUCUAGUUUGUCUCUGCAGAUGUCAUUUAUCCUGAGUUUGUUUUAAGAAAUGUAUGACCUGAGGUUAACGGAGUGAGGGACAUUUUAACAUUGUCAAGGAUAAACACACUCUGUCCUUGGGAGCUAAAAUCACUGGUUUUCUCUCUGGACUUUGGUAUGAGGGUGUGUGGUUCAGUCUUCAGUGGGUACAUGAAGAGCAGCAGACAUGUUUGAAUCUUUGUGUCAACCACAUGUAAAAACCUUCGACCAUCUCCUGGACAAGGAAACCAAACUGAAAAAUGUUUUUCUAACUAACACCACGGUGGUUCUUGACGUUCCCAUCGGAUUGAGGACGGUUUUUUGGAGUUGCAAAGAAACCCUUCCUGUUUGAUGUGAUGAGAAUCAGCUGUUGUUGAAGUUAUUUUCAUGCUGUAGCUGUAUCAGGAAGCUCGUGUCUGUUGUUCACCAGGUCACUUCCUGUUGAGCAUCAACCCCAACCUGAGGUUUUCUGGUGUGGAUGUUUAACACAGGUUUAAUUGUUUAUUUAUGUGCAGCACCUAGGGCUUGUAUAGAUCUAUACAAGUGAGUAUACAGUAAAUAUAAAUGAAAAUUAAAGUCUUUUCUCUUGAAGUUG